AACAGACCAAUCAAAUAGAGGAAAGUCCCAAACUUUUGAGAUCCGAGCAAUGGCAUGCCCGCCCAACCAGCCCAACCAAAAAGCAUCCCCAGUUUGGCUGAAAGCCUCUGAUAACAAUGAAUAACCAAUCCAUCUCUCAAGAGUAGAAUUUAACCAACGCCAUAUCAGAAAACGAAAACAAACACUGCUGAAAGGCCAUUUUCCGCCAUAUAUUAAGGAGUGUUCACAUCACAAGCAAAUCUGUUUCUCAAGCUCAAGGUCAAACAAGAAUAAAAUUUGUCUUUGCAAGAAGCAACUCCGGCAGAGACCCAAAGCCAGUUUGUGGUGGGUCGAAUUUCAUCUUGCAGAAAUGGCUGUUGAAAGUGAGAAAUCAGUUGCUGACGUGAAGGUUUGGAGUCUUUGUAAAAUUCCGUUUUGGCACACGAGCAUUGCUUCAUCUUCUUCUUCUUCUGCCUCUGCUUCGGUUUCUGGUCGGAGUCAUAUUCAUCAAGCAGUUGAAAGUUCGAGCCUGCAUUCUUCGAAUGCCGUUUCGUCUAUAGCCAAGUCUCUGCUUCCUUCCCGGCGGAGGCUCCGGCUUGAUCCACCUAACAAGCUCUUCUUUCCCUAUGAACCUGGAAAGCAGGUCAAGAGUGCCGUUGGGAUUAAAAACACCUGCAAGUCUCAUGUAGCUUUCAAGUUCCAAACAACUGCACCAAAGAGUUGUUAUAUGCGCCCUUCAGGUGGUGUACUUGCUCCUGGUGAAAGUAUAAUUGCAACAGUUUUUAAGUUUGUUGAGCCUCCUGGUAACAAUGAGAAAUCGAUAGAUCACAAGAGCAAGGUUAAGUUCAAAAUCAUGAGCUUGAAGGUGAAAGGUGAAAUGGACUAUGUACCAGAACUGUUUGAUGAGCAAAGGGAUCACACAGCUGUUGAACAAGUUUUGCGGGUAGUUUUCCUUGACCCUGAACGUCCGAGCCCCGCCCUGGAAAAGCUUAAGCGACAGUUGGCUGAGGCUGAGGCUGAGGCUGAGGCUGCAGUUGAAGCACGUAAGAAGCCCCCAGAAGACACAGGUCCUCGAAUUGUUGGGGAAGGACUUGUUAUAGAUGAAUGGAAAGAACGGAGGGAAAGAUACCUUGCCCGGCAGCAGGUUGAAGGGGUGGAUUCAAAGUAAAGUACUGUUGUUUCCUCGUGUUUUGUGGACCUUUUUUUGUUUUUCCAAGUGGAGGUAGAGCAAGCAACAGGAGCUGUCAGAAGUUGUCAUAGAUUUGAGUAAAAUUGUAUCUCUUUUAAAAUAUACUUGAUUAAGGGCCUCAUCCAUGUUACUUGUAGAUAGCAGGAUUUUAAUUAGAAUUGAAUUGUCGAAUAUUGAAUAUAUUUCCCUUGAUUUUAUGCAAACAUAUCCCCAUUUAUUCA